CACACACACACACACACACCCAUAUAUCUAUAUGUAUAUACAUAUAUAUUUGUAAAUAUAUGCGCAUGCUCCGUAUGUUAAAGUCUCCACCAACGAACCAGGGUAAAGACGAAACAGAUUUAACGGUUCAAGAUGACGACUUCAUGGAGCGACCGUCUGCAGAACUAUGCCGACCUACCAGCCAACAUGGACGGUGUGGCCAUGAAGAAGUAUCGACGUGAAGCUCACCACAGAGUGUUUGUCAACCGAAGCUUGGCCAUGGAGAAGAUCAAGUGUUUUGGUUUUGAUAUGGAUUACACUCUGGCAGUGUAUAAAUCUCCUGAGUAUGAGUCGCUAGGAUUUGACUUGACAGUGGAGCGCCUGGUGUCCAUUGGAUAUCCCCAAGAGCUGCUCAACUUUGUCUAUGACCCCUCCUUCCCCACCAGAGGUUUGGUGUUUGACACUAUGUAUGGCAACCUGCUCAAAGUGGAUGCCUAUGGGAACAUCCUGGUGUGUGUGCAUGGAUUCAACUUCUUAAGGGGACCUGACAUUAGAGAGAUGUACCCCAACAAAUUUAUUCAACGUGGAGACACAGAUCGCUUUUAUAUCCUCAACACACUCUUCAACCUGCCUGAAACCUACCUGUUUGCUUGCCUGGUUGAUUUCUUCAGUAACUGCUCCAGAUACUCAAGUUGUGAGACUGGCUUCAAAGAUGGCGACCUUUUCAUGUCCUACAAGAGUAUGUUCCAGGAUGUCCGAGAUGCUGUGGACUGGGUUCAUUUCAAGGGGUCCUUGAAAGAAAAAACGGUUGAAAACCUGGAGAAGUAUGUGGUAAAGGAUCCGAAGCUUCCUCUCCUCCUCAGUCGCAUGAAUGAGGUUGCCAAAGUAUUUCUUGCCACCAACAGUGAUUACAAAUACACAGAGAAAAUCAUGACCUACCUGUUUGACUUUCCUCACGGCCCAAAGCCGGGCACACCUCACCGGCCCUGGCAGUCCUACUUUGACCUGAUCCUGGUGGAUGCCCGGAAGCCUGUGUUCUUUGGAGAGGGAACAGUACUGCGGCAGGUUGACACUACCACAGGUCGGCUGAAGAUCGGCACAUACACUGGACCUCUCCAGCAUGGUAUCGUUUACUCCGGAGGUUCUUCAGACAUUGUGUGUGACUUGCUGGGUGCUAAAGGAAAGGACAUUGUCUACAUCGGAGACCACAUUUUCGGUGACAUCCUCAAAUCCAAGAAACGUCAGGGCUGGAGGACUUUCCUCGUGAUACCUGAGCUGGCCCAGGAGCUGCAUGUGUGGACUGACAAGAGCUCCAUAUUUGAGGAACUUCAGUCUCUGGAUUGCUUCCUGGCAGAGCUUUACAAGCAUCUGGACAGCAGCAGCAAUGAGAGGCCUGACAUCAGCUCUCUGCAAAGACGGAUUAAGAAAGUCACCCAUGACAUGGACAUGUGCUACGGCAUGAUGGGAAGCCUGUUUCGUAGUGGCUCCCGUCAGACACUGUUUGCCUCCCAAGUGAUGCGCUACGCUGACCUGUACGCCGCCUCCUUCAUCAACCUGCUCUACUACCCCUUCAGUUAUCUGUUCAGAGCUGCACAUGUACUGAUGCCACAUGAAUCGACGGUGGAGCACACCCACAUCAACAUCAUCGACACGGAGUCUCCGCUGGCCACACGAAAUCGCCACGACGUCAACUUAAAGGAGAUGGAGUGCAAGCGGCACCAGCUGACCCGAUCCAUCAGCGAGAUCCAGCCCCCCCACUUCUUCCCUCAGGCUCCACAGGAGAUCACCCACUGCCACGAUGAGGAUGAUGAUGAGGAGGAGGAGGAGGAAGAAGAGUAGAUGGAGAGAGAAGAGCAGGGAGCAGGAGUUUGUGGAUGGGUCUUGCUCCCACAUCCAUUUCAUCCAGUUUUAAUAUUUGAAGUUCAUCCUUUCUUUGGUUAAUAACUACAGGGCUGCAUCAGCUGAGUCUGGCUGACAGAUCCACUUGCUGACUUGUUGAUCCAUUUCUACAUUUAAAAGAACGAGACACUGUGUCUACCAGUCUGGACCCGGUCUUGUACAUGAUAGGAACUAAUGUAGAUUCAAGUGGUCUUACUACAUCCCUGGUAGAUAUACCUGUCUACAGGUAAAUAGGAAUUAUAAAGUGAGUAUAGAUUCCUAUCUGUUACUAGUAGAAGAUCCAGGCAGUGAGACAGUGUAAUUGAAAUUGACACAAAGUGAAAGAAGCACCUCACUCGGGUAGAGCAGCUGUUUGCUGUUGGAUCCUCUUGGUUCUGCUGGGUUUUUUUACUUUUCUGCUUUUGUUUGGGCUUCAUUCAGAUUAUCAGGAGCCAGAGUCCAGUAUACAUUUAUUAAUUUGUACUGUAAACAGUUCACUGCCCUGAAGCUUACCCCUGCACCAUACCUCUAACUGAAAAACAUGCAUUACACUGCGGUGAAGAGGCUAACCUUAACCUAGCUUAAAGGAACAGUCCACCCUAAAACUCAGCCACAUUCAUCACAUACUUUGCAAUUUAAGGACCAUAUUAUUUUUUGAAGCAUCGUUUUUUUUCCCACUUCCAAAGAGUAGUGGUCAAAUGUAGAGAUGUGAUGAAAUGUUGAGGUAUUUUAGCACAAGUACAGUUCAACAGAAGAAAUGGUUAGUUAUUUAAAACAUUCACAGUGAACGUCUGGUGGAGAUGUAUUUUUCUCAACAGAGCAAAAUGUAGUGCAGCAACAAAAGAUGUUUGCAUUACCUUUUUUUAGGGUCGUCUCAACUCAGUGUUGAAAAGCAACAAACGUUCAUCCCAUUUUGGAUUUUCUUGCAAAGAAUUCUAGGAUAUGUAGGGACAAAAUAACAGCACUUCUGAGCGUGGGUUUUUAAAUGGAGAAAAUUGAAAUGUAGUGUGUGUAUUAAACACGGCUGCUGAAACUAGAGUCUGUCAUAAAACGGUUCAACUCCAGAGGAGUAUUUUUGUGAUGCCUGCUUCGGUGAGGUGAAGUCAACGGGAAAUUACCAAAACCAUGUCACAUGCUAUCCGCCUGCUUCACUUAAUUUCUCAGUUCCUCCCCUCAGAGUGUUUUAAAACAGGACACCAUCUCUCAUAUUCCACAGAAUCAGAAAGACGUGGGGCCCAAGGUUAUUACUAUGAAGUCCCUACGUUCAUAUAGUCUGGCUGCAUUAUGUGUUUUUAAAAUUACUGCAGAAGUAAUGUAGAUAGUUACACCCUGCAUAUUGUUCACAACCAACUGUGAAAUCGUUGCUGCCUUAUUCAUCUCACUUUGAGCUGAUUCAGUGAGUGUGAAAGAGAAUGAUUGUUAAAGACUGUAUUUUGAAUAUGAAUGGUGAAAUGUUUUCAUCUCAAGGGAGCCCAUUUCCGAGAGGAAAAAUAAACGUGAAAAACUUAAGAUUUAAAACUAGAAUAGUUACUGUAAGAAGUCAACAUUGUGAGACACUAAGUCAUAAUUAGGAGAAGUCAAAAAUUUUACUUAAUUCAGAUUCAGAAUUUAGACAUGGUCACAGUUUAGAUUAUCUCAUAAUUACAAGAUAGUAAGCAAUUCAAAAUGUGGACUUACUGAUCUUUUUUUUUUUUUUUUGUGUACGUUUAGUAAUGGUCAAACUUAUGAGAAAGUCGUAAUUAUGCGAUUGGUCAGAAUAUUGACCGAGUCAAAAUUUAGUUUUUCUUACUGUCCAUUAUAAAUUUAAUAUACUGUACUAUUUCAUAAGUUUGAAUUUAAAAAGUCCAAAUUUGGACCUGAUGUCUCAUAAUUUUGAAUCAUAAUUUUUAUACAUGCACACUUUGUGCAUGAAGUGUUACUGGCAGCAGAAGUCUUCCAUAGAGAGGUGACCCUACUGCUGUUCUGUAAUUGUUGUUUGAAGCUGAUCAGGUUUGUCUGCUGUAGACAUGCUGUAAACAUGCUGUUGCUGCAUGCUGUAAUGGGAGAAGUGGACUGUGCUGCUGUUUAUUGUCAAUGUGGGCCUGUCUCCGUAUGCACUGUCAUCAGAUACUACCAAUAUAUACAAUAGUGUUUUUUAGUAAACUUUGGAGUUGAUUAGGUUGUUUUUCUUUGAUUAUCAUUUUUUUACGUUACUGCCCUGAUUUUAAAGCUAAAAGGAGGGUGAGAUUAGGUGGACUGUUGCCCUUGAAAAUCUCUCAAGACAACCUUGUUUUACAGACUGUGAUUCCGCUGAUGUGUUUUAACCUCAAACAGAAAGUUACUGAUUUGAUUUGUUGGCACUCUCUUGUCCUAUUUGGACUCAUGAGCUGUAUCUUUUCUCUCCUUAUGGUUGAUCAAAGUUGAAAUGUUCCGAUGUCGGUGAGAUCUGUGCUCAAAGGGACAAUUGAUUGUUUGACUUAUGUCUGCUCUGUUGCGCCUUGAGAUGUUUAUCUUGUUAUUUGAACAUGGGAGCAAUAGUAGACUGUGUAAUGCUGUUACUGUUGAAACACAGAGGUUUCAGAAUGGGCCAUGUUUCAGUGUGAUGGCCCCCAAAGUGAGCAGUAACAAUGAUUUAAAAUGAUCAGUUUUCCUAUUCAAGUCAUUUCCUAACUGUUGUGUAUGCCUGUUUUAAUGACAGCAAAUACUGUCCUUAAAACAGGCAUUUUAAUACACACUGAUUUAAAAGCUAGCUUCAACUUUGAUAAUCAGACGGGCUCAAGUUUAAAGUGAACCAAACGAAUGUAUUUUUACCAGCAACAGUUAAUGCAUGUGUUGAAGUUGCAUUUUUCUUUUGAAUGUUGCCUUUGUGUUGAAGAAUGUUGAAAAGUUGAGAUGGUUUGAGUCAUGAUUGAUGUUUGUAAUAAAUUUUCUGAUCUAA